AUGGCCAGCAGCAAGGCGGCGCUCAAAGGCAUCAACGAUGCAGUGCGCCAACAAAAGUUUGACGACGCUAUUGAAAUGGCCCGGGACUUUUUGAAAAAGGAGCCCAGCAACUACCAGGGUCAUAUUUUCUUGGCUUUUGCGUUGGAUAAGAAGAACCGCCCGGAUGAGGCCGAGGCUGUCUAUCAAUCGGCAACCCAGCUACGCCCUCAAGAUGCACAGGCUUGGCAGGGACUCAUCAAGCUGUAUGAGAAACAGGCCGCCAAGAAGCUGCGCGAGUAUCAAGCAGCAGUGAUCAGCCUGGCCCCAAUCUUUCACCAGGCGGAGGACCUGUACAAGUGCCAGGAAGCCGUCGAUAAGUUCGUCGACUUUGCUCGAGCCCAUGGAGAUCAGCUACAGUAUGCCGACGCCUUGUGGAUUAGGCUUCCCGAGAGUCCUCUGUACUCGAUUCUGGAAGGCUACUUCCCUCAUCCCGCCAAGACAUACGAAAGCAUCACUCAUAUUAUCGAGACAUAUGAGAAAAAGGCCAUCAAUACGCUCAUUGGAGAGCGACGAACGAGGCUGGGUGCGACAUUGACUGAUGUUACUCUCGAGGUAAAGCGGGAAAUCUACGGCCAAAGCAAACUAGAGCACCUUUACCGGCAACUCAUCAACUGGACGACUGAUGAUGAUUUGAGGAGAAGUUACGAAGAAAAGCUGAUUCAAUACUGUCAUGAUCGCCUCGUUGUGCUACCCUCAGGGCCAGCAAAGACGGAGGAGCAGGAGAAGGUUCUUGGACUGGCAAAUGACAUGGUCAUUAUCAGACACCCAUUCCGACUGGCCUGGGAUAUUGCCAUAAACUGGCAGGACAAGAAGGAAAUCCAAGACUACGACGUGGAGCUUCUGAGAAACUACUGUAAUUUUUUCCCAGAAAGUGAUCUAUACAAGAUCAUCACUGGGUUCCUAACAAGCAGCUCUUCUCCUUUCGCAGCGCCCACGGCAGAAGAAUCGAAAAAGGCCCCCUCAGCCGAGGCCGAAACCUCUGACGAUAGUGAUGAAGAAGAUGGCGGCGCCCCAACCUUUGUCGUCCCACUAACCGAAGAAGAUCGGUUAAUCAUGAUGACAGAUGGCAUUGCAAGCUCCGAAUCCGUCUUUGGCUAUAGGCUGGUAGGGCAGUACCUGCUACGGGCCGGAGAAUACGAGAGUACAGUGGAAUUGAUGCGCAGGGCUGUUCCUUUUCUUACUAAACAGAAAGAAAAGAUUGGCUUGUCAUAUGCAAACACGGAAGAUGCCUAUUCCAUCUCGCUUGCGACGGCGCUCAUCUACUACCAAUCUCCAAGACAUCACCAAGAAGCCAAGCGUCUAUUUGACAAGGUUCUAGAGCACGACAAGUCUUCAACUCCUGCCAUGAUUGGCGCCGGCCUCAUAUUCGAGGAAGAGGAGGACUACGAAGAGGCGAUUGAUUUCCUUACUCGCGCACUGGCUCGUGAUGCCUCAAACCUUCGUGUCAAGUCCGAAGCUGCCUGGGUCAAAGCUCUUAGGGGAGAUUGGCAAACAGCUUUGGGCGAACUACAAGAGUGUAUGGAGCCUCUAGAGGAGAAAGGUGAUGCGGCCAAGGAGCUGCUGGCUGAUACUCAGUACCGCAUCGGAAUGUGCAUUUGGAACCUGGAUACGGAUAAGCAAUCUCGAAAGCGGAAGAAGGGCGAAUGUGCUUAUGCCUACUGGCUCAAGGCGCUGAACAACUUUUUGAACCAUGCACCGACGUAUACCAGCCUAGGGAUCUUCUACGGCGACUACGCAGGCGAUAAGAAGCGAUCACGUCGAUGCUUUACAAAAGCCCUGGAGCUGUCAUCUUCAGAGGUGACGGCGGCCGAACGCCUGGCUCGCUCCUUUGCAGAUGAUGGCGAUUGGGAUCGAGUGGAAUUGGUUGCUCAGCGCAUUGUUGACUCUGGCAAGGUGAAGCCUCCACCAGGGUCGAAACGAAAGGGAAUCAGCUGGCCUUUUGCAGCCCUGGGUGUUGCGGAACUGAACAAGCAAGACUUUCACAAGUCUAUCGUGUCGUUCCAAGCCGCCCUCAGAAUCUCGCCCAAUGACUACCACUCUUGGGUUGGGCUCGGCGAAAGCUACCACAGCUCUGGACGAUACAUUGCGGCGACCAAAGCCAUCCUCAACGCAAAGAAGCUGGAAGAAGAAUCCAAGGUGGAUGUGUCCGGGGAUACUUGGUUUACCAACUAUAUGCUUGCUAACAUCAAGCGAGAACUGGGCGAGUUCGACGAGGCCAUUAUACUCUACCAGACAGUUCUGGAGACGCAUGCUGAAGAGGAGGGAGUGAUUCUCGCCUUGAUGCAAACCAUGGUAGACAAUGCCGUUACAAGCGUGGACAGGGGCCUGUUUGGAAAGGCAGUUCAUCUUGCAAUAGAUGCUAUCAACUUUGCGACUAAGCGGAGCGGCGGCGUGUUGGACACUUUCAAUUUCUGGAAGAGUAUCGCUGAGGCUUGUUCUAUAUUUACGCUGGUCCAGAGUCGAACAGCGGACUUUCCUAUCGAUUCAAUCAAACCUCUGUUAGAAUCUCGUCCACAGGAGGCUUUCGAUGUCCUCGCCAAUGUUGACAAGGUUGGUACUGAUGUCGUGUACCAGACGGCUACGACGGACGAGCAUUUCAACAUUGAGAUUGCGACAUGCCUCUACGCAACAAUUCUGAGUUACAAGCAGGCCAUCCACGUAUCGGCCAAUGAUAUCCACGCACAGGCCGUUGCGUACUAUAACCUGGGAUGGGCAGAAUAUCGUGCUCAUACUUGCCUGCCAUCACAGCUGCGGAAAAAGCCAAAUCGAUACAUCAGAGCUGCUGUCAGAGCAUUCAAACGAUCAAUCGAACUGGAAGCCAGCAAUGCAGAUUUCUGGAACGCCCUAGGAGUAGUGACUAGCGACAUCAAUCCCUCCAUAGCUCAGCAUGCAUUUGUCAGAAGCCUGCACUUAAAUGAGCGUAGCCCGGUGGCGUGGACCAAUCUUGGGACCUUGGCCCUGCUGGCAGGAGACUUUAAGCUUGCCAACGAGAACUUCACGAGGGCUCAGUCCAACGACCCGGAUUAUGCGCACGCAUGGCUCGGCCAAGGCUUUGUAGCACUCUUGUUUGGCGAGGCAAAGGAGGCAAGGGGUCUUUUUACGCACGCGAUGGAAAUUUCGGAAUCGUCGUCGCUACCUGCACGCCGUCACUAUUCGUCUUCGCUUUUCGAUCACAUCUUGACGGCUCCGCUCAACCUGAACGUGGCAUCGCUAAUCCAGCCUCUGUUUGCUGUCAAUCAGGUCCAGAGUUUACGCCCCGAUGAUUUGGCCUUUGUCCAUCUCAAAACCCUUUUGCAAGAGCGUACGGGCGAAAGCCCUCGCGCCGUUGAGACUCUCGAGAAGAUAUGUGAGAAGCUCGAAGCCGAUUACGAAAGGACCGAGUCCGCCGAUGACCUUGCGCGAUUCACGCUGGCCAGGACGGAUCUCGCGCGGGCAUACCUCGCCGCGGGAUCUUACGAACAGGCCGUCGAGUGUGGAGAAAUGGCAUUGGGAUUGAGCGGCGAGGAGGGCGAGAAUGAGUUGACGAGUGAGCAGCGCAAAAAGGCCCGGCUGUCGGCACACUUGACUGUGGGACUUGCGCAGUAUUAUCUGAAGACGUACGACGAGGCAGAGAAGUGCUUCGAGUCGGCGUUGGAAGAGUCCGACAACAACCCUGAUGCGACGUGCUUGCUCGCUCAGGUUCUGUGGGCUCAGGGCACUGAGAGCGCAAGAGAGAAGGCUCGUGGUGCUCUGUUUGAAGUCAUUGAAAAACAUCCUGAGCAUGUGCAAAGCGUGCUACUCCUGGGAGUCAUCGCCCUGCUCGAUCAAGAUGAGGCAAGCCUAGAAGCCGUAGUAGAAGAGCUUCAAGGCCUCCGAACAAAUGACAAGGUAACAGCAGCAGAACAAUCUCGCAUCGGCCAAGUUUUGAGAGCGGUAGCCUCUCUCGGGGACGGAAAGACGGAGCAGGACAUGGUCUCGCAGGUCCAGACCGACAUCAUGCUCUAUCCCAACCUCCCGCAUGGCUGGUCAUCGCUUGCUGAAACGACGGGCGAAGAUGGCGACUACGCGGCCGAGAUGUCGCUCAAGGUUGCUGCCAGGGGUAUUCCGCCGCGGGGGACGCUGGAAGCGCAGGACUUGGCCAAGGCGUAUGCUGGGACGGGCAGAGUCGCGGAUGCGCAAAGGGCGGCGUUUUUGGCGCCGUGGGAGGGGGCUGGGUGGAAUGCUCUGGAGACCAGUGUUGAGGGUAUAUGA